AUGACAGAUAUUUUAAUUAAAAAAUAAGAAGAAAAUUCAGACUCGAGCACAAAUGAAUUCGGCUCAAUUAAAAAUGAGUCAAAUAUUGUGGUGAAGCAAGAUGACAGUUGUAAAAAUUAAGCAGAUUAAGAAAGUGAAGCGAUCGCUGAGGCUGAAGUUGAAAUGUAGGAAGAGGACAGUGAGAUCGUAUCUGUAUGGAAAGAGUCACAAUAUACAACAUCUGAUUCUGGCUCUGAUAGUAAUACUAGUUCAUAGAUAUCCAUUAAAACUAGAGAGGCUGAUUCAACUAUUGAUACGUCUGAAAAAUGUGGUGAUAAUGAUAUAUAAUCUCUGCACUUACCGAUCGGAAUAAAGCAUUAAGCGAUACCGAAUUUGUCCACAAGUCCUGGGGUCUUUAAUUUAGCUAAUCCAAAUGAGAUCAUAUCUUAAAACUCAACUCAUUCUACCUCGUCAGCAACUCCAAUGAAGCCACUGUUUAGUGGUUAAGGCUACGAUGAGCCUGCUUGUAAUUAGUUUGUACCCUUUAAUGAAGACACCUUUAAUGAAUGUAAAGAGAGCGUAAUGCGCAUCAGAGAAUUAUGGAAGUUGUAGAAUCAAAAGACCAUACUAGAUCUGAGUGCUGCUAAUUUGUAUUUUCAUAAUCGUGAUCCCUCCACUAUCAUUGAUCCAUAUAGCUCUGAGAUUCUUAUUGAAGUGCAAAAGCCUAUGAAAAUUGAUGCUAAAAUUAAAACAACUAAGGCUGAAUUGAAAAGAUAGGAAAAAGAGAGAAAGCAAAAGGAAAAGGAAAGGAAGGUGAUGUAGCUCGACAAGAAUCAGGACUAUUAUAAUCCUAAAGAGGGAGAGGAGCCUUGGUGGCAUGUUUUGAAUAAGGAAAAGUUCCCAGACUUAUUAAAUUUCUAUAAGUAUCCAUUGCAAAAGAUGCUUAGCAUUGAGUAGAUUUAGAGUAUGAGGAAGAUGCUUGGUUAGAGUAACCCUGAAUAGAGACAUUAUUCGAGUGAGGCCAAAGAAAAGGCUUAUGUUAGAAAUGAGACUAAAAAGCAGUAGGAAAGGAAUAAGGCAUUAUAGGCAAGAGACACUAGGCCCAGGAGAUAGGCUGCAUAAAAUGCUAGUAUAUAAAUGAAUCUCUCAGCUAAGGAUCCAGAUGAUUCAAUGAGAGCAUCCAAUUAGCAUGAACUUGUCGAGUGCCAGAGAUAUCUCACGGAAAUGCACUAGCCAAUAGUACUUUUCAUAACUUUGGAGGCUUUGAUUACAAUGACAUGCCAUGCAAGUAUGCAUAGAAAUGAAGUAAUAGGAUUUGUAACUGGAUUCAGAGUCAAGACUAAGAAGACCAAUAAAGAUAUCUAUAUUAUUUCAGAAACCGUAACUGUUCAAGCACUUCUGGAUGACUAUGGUAGAGUGGACUAUAGUAAAAAUGUUGAAAUGCAUCCAGAGCAUUCAAUGACUAGAGUAUAGGAAAUAUAACAAAAAGGGAUGCAUAUUCUAGGUUGGUAUCAUAGUCAUCCGAAAUUCGAGGUCAAUCCUUCUCAUAUCGAUGUAGAUAAUCACAAUGCUUACCAAAAGAUGUUUCAGUAGGAGGGCCAAUCAUUUCUAGGCCUUAUUAUAUCUCCUUAUUACAGCACCCCAGAUGUAAACAGCAAGUAAAACUGCCUCCCUAAGAUUAGAAGCUUUGUGAAUUUAGUCUCAAAGGAUAAUGGCUCCACCUUACCCUAUGAAAUCGCCAUCAAUAUCUUACCUUAAACAAGACUAUACAAGGAUUACUUACUGCAAUAAGUAGAUGAAAUAAGAGAGAAUCCCUUCGCUUUUGACAAAAUCAAUCUCAAAGGUGAGGCAUGUGUUAUAAAAGAGAAGAAAAACAACUAGAUUCACAUGAAAAAGGGCGAGAAACUGAUUAGGAGUAUCAAGCAACUGAUUGAAAUCAAUGCUGCAAAAAUUAGGAAAGAGAAAAUCUCCUCAGCAUUUAUAGCGAAACAUCUGGAAGGAUUGACUAUACUCAGAAACAAAGUAGAACUGCCAGGAUAAAUUGAAAGGUUUGACGACAAGACAGACUAGAAUGUACUUGACCGCUUUAAGAAAGAACUCAGAAAGAGAGGUCGCUACAAGAGAGUAGGGCACGGUGAGAGUGAAGUAGAUUAAGAGGAGGAUGAUGAGAGUGCGAGAGGUGAGUCCACUAACCAGCAGAUUGAUGAGGAGGAUCACAAUCUGAUGGAGGAGAUGAAUAAAAAGGAUUGGUUUUAGAGCAUCAACUUGAAGCAGGUCACUUGGAAUGACGAAGUGCAUUAGAAUCUCAGUCUGACUAUUGCCAGAAUAAAUACUGAAUUUUUCAGGAAGAAGGGAAACAUCAAUGACUACUGUAUAAAUAUCACAAUCAUGGGCUAGGUCGAGAGAUUUUUGGAGAAACUGAGAGAGACUCUUGAGAUUGAUGAAGAUACCUAUUUUAGCGAGUAAGAGUGA